GUGUGUGCGUGUGUCGGGACCGAAGCGCACCCUGGCGCCGGUUGCUCCUGGGGCUUCAAGUCGCUGCCGAGUACCGAGCGUGGGGAGUUGGCGCUGGGGCUCUGGGGAGGAGGCCUGUCGCCAUUGAUCUUACUUCGUGGUUACCGGUCGCUUGCGUAUCUGGGGCGGGGAGGGGGAGAGCGGGGCUGGGUUAGCUUAGGGAUGAGCCCCUGCGCGUUUUAGACCGAGAACGUUCGGUCCCCGAUGGCCCGGUAACGGUGCUGAGGGCGGCUGGCUUGAUGUUCCCCCACCCCGGCAGUCAUGACCCGCCCCGCCCUCAUCGCCUUCACCCCGGCCCGGGACUCGAGUGAUCUCUGGAAGGACGGGCGGCAGCAGCCGGAACCGGAGCCUCCCCUGGACGGUGCCGCCGCCCGGAACUUCUAUGAAGCUCUGGUCGGGGUGGAGGGAGACGCCCCCCGAGGGUCCCCGGGACCCUCGCGGGUGCCUCCCAAGGGGAGAAAGCGGACGCGGGCGACUAGGCUGGAGAGGCCCCCCGAGAGCGAUGGGGCCUGGGACCGCCAGACGGCGCGGCUCCUGCGGGCUGCCCAGGCCGGGGACGUGGGGCAGCUGCGCGCCCUGUUGGAGCCUCGAGGCCCGGGCGCCCGCGGGGGCGACGUCAACGCUCGGGACGCCUUCUGGUGGACCCCGCUGAUGUGCGCCGCCCGGGCGGGGCAGGGGCUGGCCGUGCGCUACCUCCUGGAGCGAGGAGCCGCCUGGGUGGGCGUCUGUGAGCCCGGAGGCCGCGAUGCGGCGCAGCUGGCCGAAGAGGCCGGCUUCCCCGAGGUGGCCCGGCUGGUCCGAGAGAGCGGUGGAGAGAAGCGCCCCGAGAGCCGGCCCUGCUCUCCAUUGCCAAAAUACUGUGAGACUUGUAGUUCCCAUUACCGAGACCCUAAUCACAACAGCUCUACUGCUCACCUCCUGUCCCUGUCCCAUGGGCCUCAACCACCCCCCUUGCCUCCAGGAGUCCCUGCCUCUAGCCCUGGCUUUCGGUUAUUAGUAAAGGGGGGCUGGGAGCCUGGAUUGGGACUGGGCCCCCGGGGUGAGGGGCGGACUGCUCCCAUUCCUACAAUCCUCAAGAGAGACCAGGAAGGUUUGGGAUAUAGGCCAGCUUCCCAACCCCGAGUCACACAUUUCCUUGCUGGGGACCUUCGGGCUGUGGCUGAAAGGAAAAGAGCGCCUCGAGCUGCCACUUUGGGCAAGAGAGAGGAGAGACAUCGAGAGGAGAAGAGUCGAGCCUGGGAGCGGAAUCUACGGACUUACAUGAACCUUGAUCUCUAAUCAUGACUACAUGAACUGUGAUUUCUGAUCACAGACUCUUUGGAGACCCGUGACUGCCUAUACACAAGGGUCGUUACUGCUGACAUCUGACCCUGAACUUGGAAUUUGAGUCUUUCUGGAACUGGAAUCUUGGAUUUUCUAUUCUUUAGUUUGAUUUAGCGUUUGCUGGAGGGAAAUUGCAAAGGUUGAUUCGUCCUUAAAGUUGAGAAAAAAACCUG